AUGCAGUGGUGGAUUGACGGAGCACAGCAGGACAACGCUGGAUUCGUUGGGCAUGUGACUAUGUUAAUUGUGGAUAACCCCAGUGCCACUGUUCUCGGCUGCUUUGGGGGCCUGUUACACAACAGAUCAGCAACGCUGGGCAACGAAGCCGCCGUCGCUCCAUCAUCCAGCCCCCCCGCACUCUACAAGAUGCAACGCGAAGCCGACACGGCCCAUGAGGCCGAGAGUCACCCCGGGCUGGGUUUCCGCCUAGAAGCGCACCGCAUCGUCAGCAUCUCGCUGGGGAAGAUCUACCAUUCCCGGGUGCAGCGUGGCGGCAUUAAGCUGCACAAGAACCUCAUGGUGUCCCUGUGUCCGAGCCUUGAAGCCGAGGCCAGCCACCCCGAUCCCCCGAGCCCGUGCUGCAGGAAGAGGAGCGGGGGCAGCGCGCCGGAUGGGCCGGCCAUGAAGCGAGCCAGGCGGGAACAGAGAGAGCAGGAGGUGCCGGAGCCGGCAGAGGAGGCCGAGGAGGAGAUGGAGACGGAGAAUGUGGCCAACCUCAUCAGCAUCUUCGGCUCCAGCUUCUCGGGACUUCUCACUAAGGAGCCGGGGACAGAGGAGGGCCAGGAGCCCGCACAGGAGGUGCAGGAGCUGGACUCCCCAGCAGGACAAAGCUGCAGUGAACCUGCCAUCAGCUCCAGCAUCACACCGUGGAGCACGGCCAUAGAAGCCUUUUGAUGGCUGAUGAGAGCAAGGACUGGACUUUGACCCACCUUCCUAGAGACACUAGGGGGAGCUACAGAGCGUUGUCUGCCCAGAGGGUCUCCCUCCUGGUGGGAGAAGAUCGCCAGAGCUGGCCUGACCCGGAGCCAUGUCGUUAUCGUGUUUUUCUAUGUUUGUGGGUUGGAUGCCUGUUAGUCUGCAUUAAGACAUUUCGGAUCUGUAGGGGCGUU